AUGACAAGGCUAAAGAAUAUUGCGAAAAAGGGCUUGUCAUUAAUUAGAACAGAAAUUGGCGACAGGAAAGGAGGGGCGGUCGAAUACGAAAACCUAUGUACUGUGUUUCAAGGGCUCAGAAAAUACCACAAGGCUAAAGAGUAUCUCGAGAAAAAGCUUGUCAUCUGUACUGAAAUUGAAGAAAGAGAAGGAGAGGCAGCCGCCUACGGAAACCUAGGUUGUGUGUUAAAGUCGCUCGGGAAAUACGACAAGGCUAAAGAAGAAGGAGAGGCAGCCGACUUCGGAGACCUAGGUAAUGUUUUUCAGUCGCUCGGGAAAUAUGACAAGGCUAUCGAGUAUUACGAAAAAGCGCUGGUAAUCAAUAAUGAAACUGGCGAAAGAGAAGGAGAGGCUAGCGACUACACAAACCUGGGUGCUGUCUUUCAGUCGCUCGGGCAGUACGACAAGGCUAAAGAGUCUCUCGAAAAAGCGCUUGUCAUCAAAACUGAAACUGGCGACAGAAGAGGAGAAGCUUCAAGUUACGGAAACCUAGGUAUUGUGUUUCACUCGCCCGGGAAACACGACAAGGCUAUCAAGUGUCACGAAAAAGCGCUUGUCAUUAAUACUGAAAUUGGCGACAGAAGAGGGAAAGCUUCAAGUUACGGAAGCCUAGGAAUUGUGUUUCAGUCGCUCGGGAAAUACCACAAGGCUAAAGAGUAUCUCAAAAAAGAGCUCGUUAUUAGAACUGAAAUUGGUGAUAGGAGAGGGGAAGCAGCAAAUCUUGGAUACCUAGGAGUUACGUCUCUAAUUCUCGGAGAUUAUGAAGCUUCUGAAGUACUCUUAGAGAGAGCAUUAUCCAUAUCCAGAGAUAUUGGAGAUAAAAGGAUAGAGUUCGAGAUCCUUCAAGAUUACGUCGUUUUGUUUUUGUAUCAAAUCAAAAUCAAAGACUCCCUUUCGUGUCUUCACCUGUGCAUUGAAAAGUAUGAGGAGUUGAGGAAUUUCUUGGGCGUCAAUGAUCAGUUGAAAACAUCAUUUCUGGAAAGCUCAGGAAUUUUUCCCUACAAGGUGCUAAGCAUUCUGCUUUGUGUCAGCGGAAAUGUUCGUAAUGCUCUUUAUGUUGAGGAGUUAAGUCGAGCGAGAGGCUUAUCGAACUUGAUGGCAGAGAAGUACUCGGUUGAAACGCACAUCUCUGCUAACACACAAUCUUGGUUUGGCAUUGAAAAAAUUUUGAGAAAGGAAAAGAACUGUACUUGUCUUUACAUUUCAAAUCAUGAAAUUGAAGUGCAUUUGUGGAUCUUGAAAACAGAUGGAGCCAUUCACUUUAAACGAAUAUCCCUAGAAGAGAGUCUCGUUCAGGCUGGGUUUCCCAAAGAUUUGCUUUUGAGUACAUUUUUGGCUGAUAACCUCCAGAGUCUGGGUAUUUUGCCCAUUGGAGAUUGUGAAGAUCGGUCUUUAAAUAUGAUUGAAUCGCAACCUCUUAUCCCCAAGCAAAAGAGCUCAGGAAGGGUUCGACUUGUGGAGGAGGAAAAGGAUAUCAUUUCAAGUCUGUCGUUGUGUUACAAAAUCUUUAUUGCCCCAGUUUAUGAUUUACUCGAAGAGCCAGAAGUCAUUAGUGUUCCUGACCGCAUCUUGUACAAAGUCCCCUUUGCUGCCCUGAGUGAAAACCAGGGAGCCGAGUACCUCUCUGAGACUCGUAGGAUCCGUGUCAUUCCUUCUUUGACGACACUCAAGAUCAUUCAAGACAGUCCAGAGGACUAUCACAUCAACAUUGGUGCUUUGAUAAUAGGCAACCCCAAGGUUGAUUGGCUGCCGCCAUUGCCAGGUGCUAAAAAGGAAGCGGAGAUGGUCGGACGACUGGUUGGCGUUCCGCCCCUGGUAGAAGAGAAAGCAACGAAGCAGGCGGUACUUGAUAGGAUAAGUUCAGUGAGCUUGAUACAUUUUGCUGGCCAUGGUAACGCCGAAAGAGGAGAAAUUGCUCUCGCCCCCACUCCUACUCCCAACAGUCCAAACACUAUCCGACCAAAGGAAGCUUAUAUGUUGACGAUGGCUGAUGUCUCACGCGUGAAAGUCAGAGCUAAACUGGUGGUACUUAGUUGCUGUCACAGUGGAAGUGGACAGGUAACAGCCGAGGGAGUUAUAGGAAUUGCCCGUUCGUUCUUAGGAUCUGGUGCUCGCUCGGUGUUGAUAGCACUUUGGGCCAUUCCAGACUCAGCAACGCAGCGGCUGAUGAGUCGGUUCUACGAACACCUUGUUGAUUGA